AUGACCAACCUUCUCGAUCUUCCGGUUGAGAUCUUCCAGAUGAUCGUCCACGAGCUAGUCAAUAGCGCGAUUAACAACGUCAAAGGUCCUUCCCAGGGCUUUCAGAUCGAUGGUGUCUGGAGACUGCGAGAUGUUUGCGGUACCUUCGCUGCAGAGAUCGAGCGCAACGUCUUCUCCCUUCAGCCCAAAGAGGUUUACUACAACAAGUACUUUGUUCAACGCCUUGCCCUCAAGCGUUUGCCCCGAUACAUGAUGCAAGUCAAGCGAAUUCCGGGGAACAUCAACGAAGGCUUUCAUGCAAGACUAAAGCGCAUGAUCAGCUACAUUUUACAAGAGCUUGACAUCAAAGAUGAAAAGCAACGCGCAGGUAUCAUCGAAAAGUUCUACCUUAGUUUACGCAAGAUCGUCGAAGCGUACAAAUUGAGUCACGCCUUGUGUGGUAUGGAGAAAGAUGCGCUCUUUGAUGUGGAACCUUUCCGGAUCGCACGAGAUCUAGGUGACACGGAGUCGAUUGACGUUAUUGUCCGUUAUCUCGAAACACGGUCGUCAUCAGUGCAAGCUGCUCUUACAUCUGAGGACGCCAUGUUUCCCAUACAUAGCACUAUCAGCAUCGCGCUGGCUACCGACAGCGGUACAAUUGCUCAAACUCUGCUCGACUACCACAAGAAGAAUCUACGCUCCCCCACGAGGCACGCCUACAACUAUUGGGUCUCUCGCGCUGUCCAUGCGAGUACGACCAAAUAUCUGCACAAUCUAACGGCCGUCUUGGAUUUCCACCCUGAGGGCAGGAGACGUGUCUUGCGCGAAACGAUGCUCUCCAUAUGCGCCGGAGGCAGCUCUGAAGAUGUUCAGGAAGCUCUCAAGCGGGUUGAAGAUGUGGACAAGGGAACAGCGUUGAACGCUCCCAUCUUCAUCGCUGUUCGAUCCGGUCGCGUUGCCGCUGUACAGGGCUGCAUCCAGGCAGGUGCUAAUGUGGACUUCACCGUACGUUCAAACAUCCCGACACUUCACAAGGACACUAUCACUCCCCUUGACGUCGCCAUGAAUCGGAACGAUGAUCGUGUUGCAGACGUCCUCAUCAAGGCCGGUGCAACAAUUCCGCACAUAUCGCAGUGGCCAGGGACUAGGCGCGUGUACAAGGUGUUGCGCAAGGCCGUCUCGGAACGCACUAAAGUCAAGCUGCCGGAUCUGAGGAGCUUUCAACAUAUGAGCCUGGUGGAACGCAAGGAUAUACAGUAUUAG